GGCGGCGGCGGCGGGACCCGGGGAGCCGCUUUGUGUGCAGCCCGACGAGGGGCGGCGGCGCAACCACCUGACAGAGGCCCGGGCGUUGGAUGCACCUUCUGCCCGCAUGAGGAGGAGAGGCCGGUAGAGGACUGUGAAAGAAAAGUUGUCCCCCAGGAUGGACUUCUCCACCGCGCAGCCCAAGCCUGCCACUGCCCUCUGUGGCGUCGUGAGUGCCGACGGGAAGAUCGCUUACCCUCCAGGGGUAAAGGAGAUCACCGACAAGAUCACCACCGACGAAAUGAUCAAACGACUGAAGAUGGUAGUAAAAACUUUUAUGGAUAUGGAUCAGGACUCAGAAGAUGAAAAACAGCAGUAUCUCCCUUUAGCCUUGCAUCUUGCAUCUGAAUUCUUCCUCAGGAACCCCAAUAAAGAUGUGCGUCUCCUUGUAGCAUGUUGUUUGGCUGACAUCUUCCGAAUCUAUGCCCCAGAAGCUCCAUAUACUUCCCAUGACAAACUUAAGGACAUAUUUUUGUUUAUUACCAGACAAUUAAAAGGUUUGGAGGAUACAAAGAGUCCGCAGUUUAAUAGAUACUUUUAUUUAUUAGAGAAUUUAGCUUGGGUUAAAUCAUAUAACAUCUGCUUUGAAUUGGAAGAUUGCAAUGAAAUUUUUAUUCAACUUUUUAGGACUCUCUUCUCGGUGAUCAACAAUAGCCACAAUAAGAAGGUACAAAUGCACAUGCUAGACUUGAUGAGUUCUAUCAUCAUGGAAGGUGAUGGAGUUACUCAAGAAUUAUUGGACUCCAUUCUUAUUAACCUCAUUCCUGCACAUAAGAACUUAAAUAAACAGUCCUUCGACCUUGCAAAAGUUCUAUUGAAAAGGACAGUCCAGACUAUUGAGGCAUGCAUUGCCAAUUUUUUCAAUCAAGUCCUGGUGCUGGGAAGAUCAUCAGUAAGCGAUUUGUCAGAACAUGUAUUUGAUCUGAUUCAGGAACUUUUUGCUAUAGAUCCUCAUUUAUUAUUAUCUGUCAUGCCACAGCUUGAAUUCAAACUGAAGAGCAAUGAUGGAGAAGAGCGAUUAGCUGUUGUUCGACUUCUAGCUAAAUUGUUUGGCUCUAAAGAUUCUGAUUUGGCAACACAAAAUCGUCCUCUUUGGCAAUGUUUUCUUGGACGAUUUAAUGACAUUCAUGUUCCUGUGAGAUUAGAAAGUGUGAAAUUUGCCAGUCACUGUUUAAUGAAUCACCCAGACUUAGCAAAGGAUCUCACAGAAUAUUUGAAGGUUAGAUCACAUGAUCCAGAAGAAGCUAUACGUCAUGAUGUCAUUGUUACUAUAAUAACAGCUGCCAAAAGAGACCUUGCCUUAGUAAAUGAUCAGCUGCUUGGCUUUGUAAGGGAAAGAACACUGGAUAAACGGUGGCGAGUAAGAAAAGAAGCUAUGAUGGGUCUGGCUCAGCUUUAUAAGAAAUACUGUCUUCAUGGUGAAGCAGGAAAGGAAGCUGCAGAGAAAGUCAGCUGGAUAAAAGACAAACUUUUGCAUAUUUAUUAUCAAAACAGCAUUGAUGACAAACUGUUGGUAGAGAAAAUCUUUGCUCAGUAUCUUGUCCCCCACAACCUGGAAACAGAAGAGAGAAUGAAAUGCUUAUAUUAUUUAUAUGCCAGUUUGGAUCCAAAUGCUGUAAAAGCUCUAAAUGAAAUGUGGAAGUGUCAGAACAUGCUUCGGAGUCAUGUACGUGAAUUAUUGGAUUUGCACAAGCAGCCUACAUCAGAGGCUAACUGCUCUGCCAUGUUUGGAAAACUGAUGACCAUAGCAAAGAAUUUGCCUGACCCUGGGAAAGCACAGGAUUUUGUGAAGAAAUUUAACCAGGUUCUUGGUGAUGAUGAGAAACUGCGGUCACAAUUGGAAUUAUUAAUCAGCCCAACCUGUUCAUGCAAACAGGCAGAUGUUUGUGUGAGAGAAAUAGCUCGGAAACUUGCAAAUCCUAAACAGCCAACAAAUCCUUUUCUAGAGAUGGUUAAAUUUCUGUUGGAAAGAAUUGCACCUGUGCACAUUGAUUCAGAAGCCAUAAGUGCACUAGUAAAAUUGAUGAAUAAAUCGAUAGAGGGGACAGCAGAUGAUGAAGAGGAGGGUGUAAGUCCAGAUACAGCUAUUCGUUCAGGACUUGAACUUCUUAAGGUUCUAUCUUUCACACAUCCUACCUCGUUCCACUCCGCAGAAACAUAUGAAUCCUUGUUACAGUGCCUAAGAAUGGAGGACGACAAGGUAGCAGAAGCUGCUAUACAAAUUUUUAGAAAUACAGGCCACAAAAUAGAAACAGACCUUCCUCAGAUACGAUCGACCUUAAUUCCCAUUUUACAUCAAAAAGCAAAGAGGGGUACUCCACACCAAGCAAAACAGGCUGUGCACUGUAUACACGCUAUAUUCACAAAUAAAGAAGUCCAGCUUGCACAGAUUUUUGAGCCACUCAGUAGGAGUCUGAAUGCUGAUGUACCAGAACAACUUAUAACUCCAUUAGUUUCACUGGGCCACAUUUCUAUGUUAGCUCCAGAUCAGUUUGCCUCCCCAAUGAAAUCUGUAGUAGCCAAUUUUAUUGUGAAAGAUCUGCUAAUGAAUGACAGGUCAACAGGUGAGAAGAAUGGAAAAUUAUGGUCUCCAGAUGAAGAGGUUUCCCCUGAAGUGCUAGCAAAGGUACAGGCAAUUAAACUUCUGGUAAGGUGGCUGUUGGGUAUGAAAAACAACCAAUCUAAAUCUGCCAAUUCAACUCUUCGACUAUUAUCAGCGAUGUUGGUUAGUGAGGGUGACCUGACAGAGCAAAAGAGGAUCAGUAAAUCUGAUAUGUCUCGCUUGCGAUUAGCUGCUGGUAGUGCCAUAAUGAAGCUUGCUCAGGAACCUUGUUACCAUGAAAUUAUUACCCCAGAACAGUUUCAGCUCUGUGCCCUUGUUAUUAAUGAUGAGUGUUACCAAGUAAGGCAGAUAUUUGCUCAGAAACUGCAUAAGGCACUUGUGAAGUUACUGCUCCCAUUGGAGUAUAUGGCAAUCUUUGCCUUGUGUGCGAAAGAUCCUGUGAAGGAGAGGAGAGCACAUGCACGGCAGUGUUUACUAAAAAAUAUCAGUAUACGCAGGGAGUACAUUAAACAGAACCCUAUGGCUACUGAGAAAUUAUUAUCACUGUUGCCUGAAUAUGUAGUUCCAUACAUGAUUCACCUGCUAGCUCAUGAUCCAGAUUUUACAAGAUCACAAGAUGUUGAUCAGCUCCGUGAUAUCAAAGAGUGCCUAUGGUUCAUGCUUGAAGUUUUAAUGACAAAGAAUGAAAACAAUAGCCAUGCCUUUAUGAAGAAGAUGGCAGAGAACAUCAAGUUAACCAGAGAUGCCCAGUCUCCAGAUGAAUCCAAGACAAAUGAAAAACUUUAUACAGUGUGUGAUGUGGCUCUGUGUGUUAUAAAUAGUAAAAGUGCUUUGUGCAAUGCAGAUUCACCAAAGGACCCAGUCCUCCCAAUGAAAUUUUUUACACAACCUGAAAAGGACUUCUGUAAUGACAAGAGUUAUAUUUCAGAAGAGACAAGAGUACUUCUGUUAACAGGAAAGCCAAAGCCUGCUGGAGUACUAGGUGCAGUAAACAAGCCUUUAUCAGCAACGGGAAGGAAACCCUAUGUUAGAAGCACUGGCACUGAGACUGGAAGCAAUAUUAAUGUAAAUUCAGAGCUGAACCCUUCGACCGGAAAUCGAUCAAGAGAACAGAGUUCAGAGGCAGCAGAAACUGGAGUUAGUGAAAAUGAAGAGAAUCCUGUGAGAAUUAUUUCUGUCACACCUGUAAAGAAUAUUGACCCAGUAAAGAAUAAGGAAAUUAAUUCUGAACAGGCUACCCAGGGCAACAUAAGCAGUGACCGAGGAAAGAAAAGAACAGUAACAGCAGCUGGUGCAGAGAAUAUCCAACAAAAAACAGAUGAGAAAGUAGAUGAAUCAGGACCGCCUCCCACUUCCAAACCCCGGAGAGGACGUCGACCCAAGUCUGAAUCUCAGGGCAAUGCAACCAAAAAUGAUGAUAUAAAUAAACCUAUUAGCAAGGGAAGGAAGAGAGCUGCAGUCAGUCAGGAGAGCCCUGGGGGUUUGGAAGCAGGUAAUGCCAAAGCACCCAAACUGCAAGACCUUGCCAAAAAGGCAGCACCAGCAGAGAGACAAAUUGACUUACAAAGGUAAAAAGAAAACUCACUUGCAAAGGGAGAAAAUGAAGGCCAAACAGAAGCAGGCUCCAGCUUCUGCAAAACUUGGAUUCAAAAUGUCCCUGAACAGAAGAUGAAGCUCACUUCAGAACACUCACUUUCUGCCUUGAAAACUGAAAGAAACUAUUACUUCCUUUUCACAUGACCACAAGUCCUCUGAUGGAAAUGUACAGCAGAAACUCUUGAGAGGCUAAAAGCAACUCUGUUCUACCCCCUCCCCACCAGACUUUUCUUAUGAAGAGUCAAUAAUUAAGCAAAUUGCUUAACACAUCGUUCCAGUUCCUGCAUAUCUGGAGUUUAAACACACAAUACACCAUUAAUUUCCAUGCUGCAAUUUUUAUUUUAAAGAAAGUAACAAGAUGUCCUUACACUGACACUGAAAAUUCAUCCAUUUUAAAGCCAGGAAUUCCCAUUACCACAAGAAAAAAAUAGAAGUCUACUGAAUUAAUUUUUUUAAAGGAAAGAGAUCAGAUUAAAUAUUUCUUUGUUUGUUUUUCCUUUUGGAAACUUUUAUGUAUAAUUCUUUCUGCCUGCCUACUUUUCUGCAAAAGUGAGAUGUACAGAUUUCAGUUCCCUGCUAUGAAAAGUGAUGUGGUGGCAAUUUUAUAAAUGUUGCUUUCUGAUUUUUAUCAGAGUGAGAAAAUAAUUAAAAUUAUUAUUGAUUUGCAAGUAGUAAACACCUCAUUUUGAUUCCCCUUCAUUUUAGUUUAAUAUAAUUUGCAAUAAAUGUACAUAUUGUUUGUUUCAUAAAGCAUAUCACUUUAAAAUGGUGUUUACUCCUGUGAUUAUGUUGGAAUAUUUGGAAUUAUAAAGGAGUAAAGACUGUCCAACAUUUGGUUUUAUAAUGUUUGUCACCAGAUUUUUAUUAUUAAUGUAAAAAAAAAAGUCAAUUUUUUUUAAUAGUUGGACUUUGGCAGCUUUGUAAGGAAAGCUGGAGGUUUUAGGAUUGCUAUCAAUUUUCAGCAUUGUGCUAUUGAGAAAUAAGUGUUUUGCUUUCGUCUGCUGGUCUGGGCUCAGUUUUUAUGUUUAUUUUAGAAAACUUGCAUCAAUAUAUUAUGUUUCUUGGCAUUGUUCAGCAUAGGUAAUGUGUGCACUUUUUGUGUACACAUAAUCAUAUUUAAGUUUUUUGCGUAAAAUAAAUGCUUAUAGAUGUCA